GUCGGCGGUACGAGGGAAUUUCGCUACGAGUGCCGCGCUAAACCAAAGACUCAAUAGUGAAUGGUGUCGCUGGCUCAACAUAAUAGCAGAGACUUCUUAAACCUUAGCUGCGGUCCAAAUGAUCUGAAGGCAGAGCUUCCGUACCCGAUUUCUUCACCUUCGCUCGGGACCCGUGUGAGGGUUUGCCAACCGCUGGGCUUUAAGUGAUACCCUUUCCUGCUUGUGUUAUUGGAUCCUGUAGGCAAAAAACGGUUUCGUUUGAACUAAGACACUCGCAGCAAACGAAACGGUAUUAGAUCGUUACGUUUCGUGUUUGGUAAAUUCGAUUUCAAUGAUCGCCGAUUGCUUUGAGAUUGUCAUUCUUUGCACCUCCUCGAUGUUGGCCGAAUUGACCCGCGUCAAUCGAUUAAAAUCGGGGCCCACAGAAAGCUAACAAACCAGAUAGGUUGUUAGAAUUAACCUACUGUUUACUUUUUUCUACGUCUUCUCUACCUAUCUACACAUGCUUCCGAAGUGGAAACCUAAGAUUUGUGAAAGCACAGCGUAAAAGGUUCUCGCGAGUUUAAUAGUCUGACGGUUGUUGUUGCAUGUCUGUAGUAGUGCCAAAGUAAAACGCCAGAACGAGAUUUGAUAGCUCGAUCCGUGUUUCCCUAUUUUGAGCAGUGGGGAAUCAAGUCGUACCAACGGAUAUUCACCUCAACUUACUGAACAGUUCUAACAGAGGGCAAAAUUUAAGAUAGAGCCAUCAUGGAUCAACAGCAACAGCAACAGCAGACUAUGCCCAGUUCUCGUGAGCGGAUCGAGACAUCAAUGGGGCUUUUGAUGGCGCACAUGCAACGUGAUAAAGCCUCAUCCCAGCUAAUCGAUGCCCUCGGAGGGCAAGCCUGUUUUACUAAUCCAAGCCGGUCAGGUCUCAGCGAAACGGACUAUAUUAAACUGCCGUUAGGUCAAAUUGUCCGCGAAGAGAACCGGACUACGCUUCCGCCGGAGCUCGUUCAACACUUCCAACGAAUGCGGUGCCAAUUUCAGACGGGAGUGUUCGCGGAGAUUCAAAGGGCAUGGGCAGCUGUCGACUCCGAUUUGGUUAUUUGGAACUAUCGCACUGGUAAAGGCGUUGUCUAUUAUGACGGUAUUGAGAACGUAAUUCUGGCAGUCGAUCUGGUCCGACCAAAACCGAACAUAUUCAGAAGCCACGUCCACUACCUGCUGGCUGUAGCGACUCCCUCCGAAGUGGCAAUACUCGGUGUGACACUGGCUGAAAACUCGGCCAAUAAUGACAUCGAGCUUCAUUUUGUCAAUGAACCACUUUAUAGUUAUCCACUUGAAAAUAUUGUCGUUACGAAAAUUAAGGGCGCACGAAACGGCCGCAUUUUUCUAGGGGGUCAGGAUGGUUCGUUAUACGAAUUCAGUUAUUUCGCCCAACGCGGCUGGCUCCAAUCACUCUGUAAAUUGACAAACUGUUCUUCACGGUUCCCUCUGCUCAACAACCUGCUACCGGCACUCUUCCGUGGCUCGGACCCUGUCACUGAAAUCUGUAUCGAUAACGCUCGCCAAAUUCUGUACACACUCUCAGAUAAAGGGAUCAUUUCUGUCUAUGAUCUCGGUCAGGAUGGUCAAGAGAUGAUCUAUGUCGCUUCAGCGGGUGAGGAUACCCUGCUGAAAACAGUAACAGAUUGCGUUCCGACACAAAUUCGUCGAGUGAUUCACCUCGAAAGUUUACCGGUGGACGAAGCUGGCGCCGUUCAUCUGGUCGCGUUCACGCAGUCCGGUGCGCGGAUCUUUCUAACAACGUGUGAACCGGCAACAAAAACUGGAAGGCCAUGUCUCUUGUUGACUCUGCAUGUUCGGUUACCAUUGGCAUUGCCACAUAAAAUUACCAAGAUUUCAAAUGGGCUCAACAUUGAAUCUGCGUCGUUAAUGAUUGACCAGCAAAACGAAAACAGACACUUCCUCAUCGCAGUUGACCAUUUCGCGCAUUUCCGGCGCGCAAAUCAAUUCGUCGAAACGUAUAGCUUUAUGGUCGUCGAUCGAAAUAUUUGGUCAAUUUCGCCAGCGGAUACGCCAGGGCGUCGGAAGCGUCAGGGCAGUCACAAUUCCCUAUCACGCUUCGUUAUGGUGUCUCUCGCAGGCUGUCAGAUCAUCUCGAUGAUGACGCCAACGGAACAACUUCGGCACCUCUUAAGCGAGAGUCGCGGCGCCCUGCACGACGAUCCGAUCAAGACGUUCUUCGCGUAUUAUAAUUACCUCGAAGGAUGCGUCAUGUGCUUGCAGUUGAUUUGUGAUGGCGAUAUCGUCCCGCAGGUGUCACGUUGGGCCAGCGAGGCAUUCAAUUACUACGGCGGUGAGCCCCAGCUUGACGUAGCACUCACGAUGCCGAGCUCCAGUGGAUUCCGUCAGCCGUUCCCGAAUACGCAUCCUCAGGAGACGAUGAUGAACUCGAUGAACAUACCUUUCCAGCACCAGCAACAACAGCAGCCGUACGCGGGUGCAGGCGGGCAGUUCAGUGCGCCACACACCAUGAGUACGCCAUUUCGCCCGCCCCCCUAUAUGAACACACAGUUUAUUCCUGUGAGUCCAAUUGGCCCGACAGCUGCCACGUAUAUGCAACAUCCCGGUAUUCACCCAUACACUGGAGACAUGUCAAGGCAGAAUCAGCAAAUGCCAUCGCAGAUGCCGCAGCAGCAGCAACAGGCGCUUACGCACCAGCCGGGACAAUUGCAAGGACAAAUUAUCGAUAACAAUAAUCCACCAGGGUCAAUGACCGGUCUCACGACCAACUUCCAAUCGCUCAACCAGUCAUUUGCACACUCAUUCAAGCAUGACUCAAUUUUCGUCUAUUUCUCGAGGAUUCUUCGACCGAUCUUCGAGAGCCAACUGGCGAAGGAGGCCCCGCCACAUGCCGGAGAACGGGCGCGACUUUCGCUGGUGCUUACAUCAGCAGCACUCACCCCGGUACUUCAGCAACUGCACGGCUUUAAGACGUUCCUACACGAUUUCUGCAACGCCCCCGGUGGCUCAAACAUGUAUAUUCGCUCACAAGUGUUGCCUGCCACGGAUGCUAUGCAAUGGAAGCGAAAAGCAAUCCUCGAAGAGCAAAACUCAGUGAACAACUUACUUGUUCUCGUCACGCACACAAUGGAAGUUCUAAAUUUAUGGCGCGUAACAGCCGAACAUGAUAUCGAAGCGAUUUCACUUAACAUGAAACCGGAACUAUUCAACUAUCUGAAAGCAAUCACUGUGCGGGAAUUCAUUCUAUGCGAUAAGCAGUUACUGAGCGCGCUGGCGACAUCUAUCGUUGAUUCAUAUUUGCGUGACGGUGCAACCACGGCAGUCGUUUCUAAUAAACUUAAAGAGUUCUGUCCAUCCAUCUACGGCAAUGAGGACGCGUUGUAUACGGAGGCGUACGAGAUGCUCACAAAGGCUAGUGAGAUCACGAACGAGCGCGAGAAAGAGGAGAUGCUCAAGCAGGCGCUCCAACUCUGUCGAAAGGUCUCGGUGCAGGCGUUGCACCUAUCGAUGGUCUGCCGCAUCCUCGACUCGUCCCGGUACUAUGAGGGUUUACUGAAUAUCUGCUUAUGGGCUGCCCAUAAUGUGGACCCACACAAUUUCGCGUACGACCACUAUGAACAUGGUGAACCGCAAGACGACGACCGGGGCCGUAAAGCGUAUAUUGCGCGCAGAGAGUGCUAUCAACUCGUGACCGCGAUGCUUGACGGACUCUACCGAAAAGUACGACCCCAAGAUCAGCUUGACCCCGGGGAGAAUAACGUGGCUAACCAGCAAAAGUACGAUGAAAUGUUAACGCGGUGCAUUGAGUCACAGGAUCCGCUUCUUCAUAUGUGCGUAUUCGAUUGGCUUCUCGCGACCGAUCAGCGUGAAAAACUAAUCAAUUUACGAUCGAAAGGCCUAGAAAAAUACCUGCGACAUCGGACCGAAAGGGAGCCAACCUCAAUCACGACGCUGGAGCUGCUUGCCCGCCAUCACGAAGUCCACAAAAAGCUCGAGUCUGCUGUGCAUAUGUGGUUAAAUCUGGCCAACUGGCAAGGUGAGCUGCCACUGGAGAUUCGCACGACGUACCUAGCAAGGGCAUCGCUCUGCGCACAAUCCGGUGGAACCAACGAGCUUCAACAGCAGGUGGAUGAGACGCUUGAGGUGGCGAGAAUUCAAGAGGAAAUCGCUCGUCAUUUGCCAAACAACGAACGCGAAGCGAUCUCGAUGCGACUGUACCCGAUAAACGAGUUGUACACGCAGUUUGCGGAGAAGUACGACCUCCCCGAGUGUCAACUCCGUCUGUUAAUGUGUGUCGAACAUGCGGACGUAAAUCUGAUCAACUUCUUGUGGACGAAGCUCAUUGAACAAGCAUCAAGAAAGAAUGAUCUGCCUGGUGUUCUUCGCAAGGCAUGUCUAGUGUUUAAGGACGGACGUAACUUCUUCCCAGUCGAGCUUAUAGUCGCGCACUGUGAAAGGAUAGCCCUCAACACCCAAGUCGACCCAUUGUGGCUAGCUAAUAUUCUUGCUGAGUGCGGCAAAGAUUGGCCGUCGAUCGAGAGAAUCUAUUAUGACCUGUACCAGAGACCGCAAAUGCGAGGUAUGAGAGAGCAUCUAAUGAUCAUAUCAACGAGGAUUAUUUAUAAAAUGGCCGACUGUACUGACCUGAUUCCUCAAGCUGAAUUUCGCCCUGUUAUUAACGUCCUAAACGGGCACAUCGACACUUACUUGGUCGACACUCAGGCCCGUAUUACAGAUAAUAAUAUGAGGGCUCUUAACAAUGACCUUCAGCGGUGCAGAAGCAUGCUUGUGCGUGCUGCCCAGCAAUUCGGGAAUCCUGCCAAUUAGGGUCCGCGGUUAUCUCAACGUUUCUUGCAGAUAAUAAUUUUGUAGCUUUUGCAAGAGUCUUUAAGGAACGUUCUCGUUAUACCUUCCAUCCAUCCCCACCAUCGAAUAUUUUCAUCGGACCAGUCCAACGCUCAAUUGUAAACGAAGUUGCUUGAUUACGUCGAAUCACGUCGUUUCGGCGGAGCUUCUGUAUCCCGUGCCGUGCCGUGCAGGGGAGCAACACAAUCCUAAUUAAUACAGAGUGCAUCUAAGCUUACCGGUAGUUUCGACGUACUUAGCCGAAUAGAGGCGGUUGAAACAUGUCUAUGUAUUGCUAUAGGUGUAGGUAGACGAAAACGUAUAUUCGAUUGGAUCGACGGUUGUCUUGAGAGUUGACUUCCAGCUUGUGUCUCAUUCCUAAUAAUAUCUAACAACUUAAACUAGACGUAGCACACGGAUGGAAACGCGACCGGAGAAAGCCGAUAUUGAUACAUGAAAAUAAGCAACAACAGUCAGUGAUGAAUCGAGUCGACGUUACUAUUAUGAAACAUUACAUAGAUCUUUAGGAAUAUGUGACUAUUUGUGGUAGUUUUGUUUCCUGGUUGCUUUUCGGACGUUGAAAGGAUACAUGCGAGCGGUUAGCAGAUACACGUAUAGUCAUGAACAGGUAGAUCUGCCGUGAAUCCAUGCGAACGUGCUUAGAGACACUUCGAAAAGAUGCGCCACUCCGCACUCAAACACGAAUUGAAAU